AAAAAAUCCUCAGAAAUCAAAAUUUCCACUUCUCUCUUUCCAUUCUCAGUUCUUGCCUUUUUUCUUUCUUCAUUCUCACCUUUCUGAACAUUCAUCAAUUUCUCAUCCCCAAGUCGGCUUCUCUCUCCUCAAUUUCUGCUUUCAACAAAGUCCUCUCUCUCUCUCUCUCUCACGAACCCAGAUUUCCAAAAACAAAUCUUUAAUUACUACUCUUGGAAAAAAAUACCAAGAAAUCUUCAAGAUUUUCCAUUCCACCGAAAAAAGAUCAUAGCUUGAAGUUCAAACUCCAAUCUUUGAUAUCCCCUGUGAUUCGAAUACUGAUUUUCCCUUGGUGUUUCAUUAAUGGCCCCCACACCUUCAUCCAAGUCUAACCAAAUGGCUCACACACCUUCUUCCAAAUCAAAUCAAACCCAUUUACACAAUCCAAAAACACCCCACUCCAAGAACCGCCUAAACUUCAACAUGUCAUCAAAACCCUCACCAAACCCUAACCCCACAGCCAAAGAAAACCCACCACCAGCCGAGCAUCCGGUGGAAGUAAUAGGCCGAAUCCGUGACUACCCAGACCGGAGAGACAAGCCCGAACCCGUAUUCAAGAUCAACCCGGACCUCCACUCUCUUAGGGUUAGAACCGAAAUCGGGUACCGGGAUUUCAGUCUUGAUGGGGUGUCAUUGUCAGAGGAGGAGGAUCUUGAUGGGUUUUACCAGAAAUUCGUCGAGUCAAGGAUUAAAGGUGUGAAGUUGGGGGCUAAGUGUACUAUAAUGAUGUACGGUCCAACCGGGUCGGGUAAGAGCCAUACUAUGUUUGGGUGCGCGAAGCAGCCGGGGAUUGUGUACCGGUCUUUGAAAGAUAUAUUGGGUGAAGGGGAUGGACGGAAUGAUGGGAGUGAUGAGCAGUGUGUUGGGGUUGGGACAUUUGUUCAGGUCACUGUGUUGGAGAUAUAUAAUGAGGAGAUAUAUGAUCUUUUGUCGACGAAUAAUGGUGGGGGAGGGUUGAGUUUUCCGUGGUCUAAGGGCAGUGCAUCCAAGGUAAGGCUGGAAGUGAUGGGAAAGAAGGCAAAAAAUGCUACUUUUAUCUCUGGAACUGAAGCAACAAAGAUAUCAAAAGAGAUCCAAAAGGUUGAGAAGCGACGGAUAGUCAAAAGCACACUUUGCAAUGAGAGAAGCUCUCGAAGCCACUGCAUGAUAAUUCUCGAUGUCCCCACCGUGGGAGGACGGCUAAUGCUUGUUGACAUGGCUGGUUCUGAAAACAUUGAACAAGCUGGUCAAAAUGGUUUGGAAGCAAAAAUGCAGACCGGAAAGAUCAACCAAGGAAAUAUAGCAUUGAAGAGAGUCGUAGAGUCCAUUGCAAACGGUGAUUCUCAUGUACCCUUUCGAGAUAGCAAGUUAACGAUGCUUUUGCAGGAUUCAUUUGAGGAUGAUAAGUCAAAAAUUCUGAUGAUAUUAUGCGCCAGCCCAGAUCCCAAGGAGAUGCACAAGACAAUUUCAACUCUUGAAUACGGAGCUAAAGCAAAAUGCAUUGUUCGUGGUCCUCACACACCUGCAAAGGACAGGAAUGAAGAUUCAACUUCAGCAGUUAUUUUAGGAUCAAGGAUCACAGCGAUGGACCAGUUCAUUUUCAAGCUACAAAUGGAAAACAAGCUGAGAGAGAAAGAGCGAAACGAAGCCCACAAAGAACUUAUGAAGAAAGAAGAAGAAGUUUCUGCUUUAAGAGCUAAACUCGCAACAGUGGAAGGGAGGGAAUUGGGGAAGAGCGAAGAGGAGAUCAACUUAAAGGUGAAUGAGCGGACCCAAAUGCUGAAAUGUGAAUUAGAGAAGAAAAUACAAGAAUGUGAGAAAAUGGCAAGCGAAUUUGUUGAAAUGGAGAGGAGGAAGAUGGAAGAGAAAGUAUUGCAACAGCAACAGGAGCUUGAAAUGCUAAGGCGGCGUUUGGAGGAAAUUGAGUCAGAGUUGCGCGUUUCGAGAGAUAGAAAUGGUGAAAUCAGUGGCUCCGCUGAAAUGAAUGGAAGUGGCUUUGCGAAAAGGCUGUUCGAGAUUUAUGCUGAUGAGGAUCCGGGGAUGGAGAAAUCAAUGGACUUGGUUAGAUCAAUGGAUUUGGAUAUGGGUAGACAAGAGCCAAUUGUUCAUGAUGUAAAAUAUUUUGAUAGUAGGCCUAAAAUAAUAGGCAACGAUCCUAACAUGGGCCUUUGGGAUUCUACAGAUGUGAAUAUGGUGAAUGACGAAGACCAUGAUGUCUUUUCCUUGACAUAUGCCAACAAAGUAUCUUUGAGUACUGUAUUUGAGGAAGGAGAAGAAAUAGAAGAAGAGCAAGAGGAAGAAAAAGAGAAAUCAUUGGAUGAAGAAGUGCAGAAAGAGGUAAUAGAGGAGAAGACAGUAGAUCCUAGUCGAAGGCUAAAUUUUGCAACAUCAAAUGUGUCCGACAGAAUUGUACAAAAUCUUGAUUACUUCAGAAGUUGGUCAGAGGAGAAAAAUGAAGGUUUGGGAUUGAGAGGUGAAAUGGAUGACUCUAAGGAUACAGACUCUUUUAGGCGGAUGAGAAUCCAAAACAUACACAGACUUUGUGGUAACUAUCGAGAGGUUUCUUCUCAGCACAGUACAAGUCCAGUUCCUGUCAAAAAGAGGUUUGACAGUUAUGAUCCUCACUCAUCUCCAGUGAGGACAAUUGGUGAGGAUAACAAGCUGAAAUUGGCAGAAUCACACGUGAACAAAAUCCGGAACUCCGAUGAUUCAAAGGAGAAUUACAGUUCUUUGCAAGUGAGAAGUGAACCUAGUGAUGAUAUGGUUGAAGUUUAUGUCAAAUGGGAGGUGUCAAAGGAGCAUCAGGGGAAGUUUAUCACUACUCUAAAGGUUGUAAAGGAUGCUACACUUGCUGAUCUGCGGAAGCUGAUUGAAAUCCACCUUGGUGCGGAAUUCACUUUUCUUGUGCUUGGGGACCCCACCGGAGCCCCUGUCGCUAGAGAGGAAGAAGCCACAGUUCCCGUGAGCAAACUUCCCAUUUGCAACCAGCUACGGUGCCACCUUGCUUGCUUACGUCCCGUGAAAGGGAUCCAAGCUCAAAAUCAUCACAUUCCAUUCACUUCAAUGGAAAAUAUACUGAAUGUGACGGCAAGGUGAUUGUUUCUUCUGUAUUAGCCGAAAGAGUCCAAACUUUCUUGUAUGAGUGGUGUGUGCAUUUCUAUAUCUAUCUGUGUAGAAAAACCUGUUUUGUUUUUCUGUGGGAUGUGUGUAUCAGUGAAAAUCUGGCACUUUUUUUUGGCAACUCUGCUGUGUAUGAGAAUGAGUAUUCCUUUUGGUAAACUUGGUUUACUCUGUGGAAUAUGGAAGCAAUGAAACAAAUUCAACUGGUAAAUUUGGUUUUCGGAAAUUGAUUAGAUGUAUUCCAUUCC